AUGACGACGGCCGCGCCAAAUCUGCGCCGGGGCCUUGAGAGCCGUGACCCACUUAGCGUACGUCAACAAAUUCAGCGGGACAAUAAAGAGUUGCAAAAUGAGUUAAUCGCUCAUAAACUGCCAGACAAGCGCUCAAAACCGCUCGCUCCCUUGCGCUCAAGCAGCAAAGCUUCUUCUCCGCUCCUGCAGGUUGAGAAAGAGGGGGAGGAGGAGGAGGAGGAUGAGGACAAAGACGACUUUCUAAAAAAGAGACACGGAGAGCGGCAAUCCUCGACCGACGAUGGAGGAAUCUUUCAAACGUUUUCUGCUUUUCAUGGGGUGUGUUUAGGAUGCCUGGAGUGCUGCAUCAAAUGCCUGGGCGGAAUCCCCUACCCGUCGCUUGUGGCCACCAUCUUGCUGUAUGCUGGCGUGGCUCUGUUCUGCGGAUGUGGCCACGAGGCUCUUUCCGGAACCGUCACCAUCCUGCAGAAUUACUUCGAGGUGGUACGCAGCCCUGUGGAUGCACUGGACGUCUUCACCAUGAUCGACAUCAUCAAGUACGUGAUCUACGGCGUGGCCUCAGCCUUCUUCGUCUAUGGAAUCCUGCUGAUGGUGGAGGGUUUCUUCACCAGCGGGGCCAUCAAAGACCUCUACGGAGACUUCAAGAUCACCACCUGCGGACGCUGCGUCAGCGCUUGGUUCAUCAUGCUGACAUACAUCUUCAUGCUGGCCUGGCUGGGCGUGACAGCGUUUACCUCCCUGCCCGUCUUCAUCUACUUCAACAUCUGGAGCAUUUGCCAAAACGCCACUGUGCUGGAGGGGACCUCGCUCUGCCUGGACCCCCGCCAAUACGGUAUUGUGGCUAUUAACGAAGCUAAGACGGUGUGUGCCGGAUCCGAGAAGUUCUACAAGAUGUGCGAAUCCAAUGAGCUGGACAUGACAUUUCACCUGUUCAUCUGCGCCCUCGCCGGAGCAGGAGCCGCCGUCAUCGCUAUGAUCCACUACUUGAUGGUCCUGUCGGCCAACUGGGCCUACGUGAAGGACGCGUGCCGGAUGCAGAAGUAUGAGGACAUCAAGUCCAAGGAGGAGCAGGAGCUUCACGACAUCCACUCCACUCGCUCCAAGGAACGACUUAACGCUUACACAUAAGAAGCCAAGCGGGACCGGGAGGACACUCCCGGGGGUUGGGCGGUGGGCGGUGUGGGUUUCCUCGCCACCGCCGAUGUCACUGGUGCGUCACUUGACAAUGUGGUUUGCGCGGGGGGGGCUAAGCCUCAGCCGCAAACAACAUUUCAGCUAACAAAAAGAAGCCCCUUUACCUCCUGUGGCCGCUGUUUGUUAUCAUUAUGGCAAUUGUUGAAAUAUGACACCAAUCGUUUAGUGCCGAGUAGUAGUUGUAGUUGUAGUGUGUAGAAUCAUGAGUAGCACUAAGACCAUUUUUUUUAAAAAACUUUUUUUUACACUUUUGCUUAUGAAAUUAUUAUUUUGGUAAGCCUUGGGUUUUUUUUGUUGUUGGUUUAUUUUGCUCCUAAUCCUCCUGUUACGAUUGUUCAAGGGUCACUGU